UUGGUCUGUUUUGUCUACUUCAUCUUCGCUCUUGCAGAGUCUCUGCUACGCAUCGCGUCACCGAGAUUUGCGCCAUCCUUUGCACUUAUGCUCGUCUCAGUGCCUCUCGUCUUCAUCGACUUCGCCAUCAUUUGGUGGACCUUCGUCUCCCUGGUCGGCACACUUAGGGAGACCAGAAUGCGUCGGAACCGUGUUAAAUUCAACCUUUAUCGUGUCUUCAGCAACGUUCUCGCAGUUAUGUCCAUAGGCAAGUGGGAAAGGAAGGAUAGUUGA